UUAUUCGUGUAUUUUGUAGGAACGUAAUGCGUAAUGUGUUGUAAUGACACAGAAAGCGUUGGGAUUAAUGAUAUUUCUACUUUUCUGACUCGUUCCAUGUAGAACACUCGUUACACGGACGAAAUCGUGCGUAAUUUUCUUGUUCUAAGAAUCGGUUGCUGAAUACAGGCCCGGAAGUACGAAAAUUUUCGCACCCAUUGCUUUUACGCGGACGCCAUUAUGCAAAUAGUCCCCAAAACCACGCGGCAAUGUUAUGAAAGCCGUGCCUGUGACGACUAAGCCGUGUGUAGUGAAAAAAGAGGAUAUCGGCGAACACGAGGAAACCGGAUUGACAAUAUAAUGAGACUGUUCAAUUCGUGUUGGUGCCAUGGUGUAAGCAUACUUACCUGGUACCUUACCUGGUACAGAGAAUACCGUGAACGUGUUUUCUGGUCAGGGUCUUGCGAGAUCAAAGUAUUUUGGAGAUUGAAAUCAUGACGUCAACAACUUGUAAUGCGUUAGAUGAGGAAUCCAUGGACAAAGAGAUGUCCGAAAGGACCAUCAGAAUCCAGGGACCCAGGGGAGCGUCGAUGGUUUUGGUUGUCGGCCUUCUCCAGGAACUCGGGAUUGAAAGUGAUGACGUUGACGCUAUUGCCUCCGGUCCACCUGGGAGCAACGCCUACGAUGUGGUCUUCAGAGAGAAAGAUAAGUGUACCAGUUUCCUUUCGUACUUGAAUAAAGGGGCUCGCCGUUACAAAGAUUUUGACUAUGAAUUUUCUAUGUUCGGACGUCAAAUUGUUACUUUGAAGGUUCAUUGGUUGCCAGUUUGCACCAGACCAAUGGUUAUCCAUGAAAUUUUUUCAAAGUUUGGAAAAGUGGUUGCAAUUAAGAAUGACAUUCUCAAAAUAGGGGAUUUCAAAACAAUGUCAGGGGUUCGGCUUGUGUCCUUGGAGGUGUCGGUAUCCGAGAAGGCCGCGAUACCACAUAUUGUUGCGUUUGACUGUGGAGCAAAGGCCCAAGUGACGAUGCAGGGACGUCCCCCCUUGUGCCUGAGGUGCUUGGAACUCGGGCACGUUAGAGGGGCAUGUCCCGGCAGCGUCACUAACGGGACUGCCCGUUUUUCAGGAUCAUGGGCCGACAGGGUCAGACGAGGGGGACCGAAAGCUGCUAAAAGUUCGGCUGACGUGACCCCGUCACAAGAUACUGAGGGCGACUUGGCUACACGUAAAGUGGCACCAGACGGCUCACUUGAGCCCAUUUCUGAAGCACAAUGGCAACAGGUCAAGAAAGGUCGAUCAGGGAAGGUCACUCAGAAGGCCACACCUACCACGAAUGAGCCCAAGGUCAAGACGGCUCAGAAGGACCCAGUAGCGCAGGAACCAGCAGCGAGUAAGGGCGCCGAAGGGUCUACAGUGCAAGCCUCGACCGAGGCUGUCAAAACUACUGCCCAAGGUGAGGCUGUUGCGCAUACAGUUAAUGCCACGGAUAGCGGUGCCCAUCACGAGAUGGACACCGAUAUCCAGGGCAUGAAAAGGACCCGUGAUGAAGAGGAACACUUCACACCUAUGGCCAAAAAUAAGCCUGGGAGUGGACCAGUUUCCUCUCCCGAGGACCCAUUUGAGGGAAUGUUCACCCAGGACUCAGUUAUAGACGGGCUUCUGGCCUCACAGUCGCCCCAUCAUAAUGCCAUUAAUUGAUAAAAACAUGACAAACAGAACUGUAUAAUGGACUUUGACCUUUGCCUAAUUCCCAAAUUACCCAUUACAUGGGUCCAUAUUUGCCUUUAUAUAUUAUGUUCAUAUUAAAAAUUUGUAAAUAUGAGCUAUAUAUAGAUAAAAAUAUAGUUAAAUGUAUAAAUAAGUAUUGUACUUUGUUAAUUAUGCUAUUGGAAUGUAUGUUGGUGUAUGCUGUGUUGAUCUGUUUCGGGUGUGGUAUAUGUGUGCAUGUAGACUAUAGUUUUGCUGUACAGUCUGCAUGUAUACAUGUACACACUUGAGAGUUGUGUAAACACUUUUUUGGGUGUCAUAUUAAAUUGCACUAUUCCCAUAACUGUUGUUAAACAUUUAACAAUCUGUAUAGAUAAAUACGUUUUAUAUGUUCCCGUUAAAAUUACUAAAUAUCUGAAAAUCUGUAUGUAUACACAUAUGUUUCUAUAUAUCAUAAUGUUAUCCAGUGUGUACACAUUUAUUAAUAAGUGUAAAAUUAUCUCCCCUUUUAAAUACAUGUUAUCUUACAAAUGCAUAUUGUGUUUAA